CACAUCUUUACUCACCCAAAUCAACUUCAACUGUUCUUCUUCAUCUUCUACUAGCUUUAAGAUCUUCUCGAGAAAAAACCUAAUUCGUCUGUGAAAAAAAUGUCGGGUCGUGGGAAGGGAGGAAAAGGAUUGGGGAAAGGAGGAGCGAAGCGUCACAGGAAGGUUCUGAGAGACAACAUCCAAGGAAUCACCAAGCCUGCGAUCCGGAGGUUGGCUCGUAGAGGUGGUGUCAAGCGUAUCAGUGGUCUCAUCUACGAGGAGACACGUGGCGUCCUCAAGAUCUUUUUGGAGAACGUGAUCCGUGACGCUGUUACCUACACUGAGCACGCUAGGAGGAAGACUGUCACCGCCAUGGAUGUCGUCUACGCUCUCAAGAGGCAAGGAAGGACUCUCUACGGAUUCGGCGGUUAAGGGAAAUCGCGUUUGUGUGUUUUUCUGGGUUUGUUGUUACUUAGCGGCGUAUUCUUCUGGGAAUUUCUAAUCAAAUCAAUGUUAUCUUCCGCGUUUGCGUUUGUUUUUUCCGGUUUGGCGUUUAGUAGUUUGCGGUAGCGUUCUCGUUUUUAUGUAAUUACGCCUUUUCCUUUGGUGAAAUAUAAAUCGAAUUAAGUUUCAAUUAA